AUGGGUCGCAGAAGGGCCAUCCUAUGGGCACUUUUCCCAUGCUGCAACCCCAAGAAAAAGGCCAAGACAAGAAAUAAGUUGGCCUCAUCCCAAGUCGUGGAAGCAGAGUGCCCGGAGGAGUUGGCAUGUCGACAGCUAAAAGCAUGCAGGGAGCAGCUUCUUAGAAGAGAAGCAGAAAUCUCGGAACUAAGAGCAGAAAGGAACAACACCAGGCUGCUGCUGGAACACCUGGAGCUCCUGGUUUCCCGGUACGUGCCGUCCCUCCGGAUGACGGUGGAGAGGCAUCAGGCGCGGUCCCCAGCCAGCAUGACCAGCGAGUUGGAGGUCCUCAGGGCACUGAGAUUGCUCUUCGAGCACCACAAGGCCCUGGACGAGAAGGUGCAGAGCCAGAGGGAGCAGGACUGGGAGUCCACGCAGCAGACCCGCGUGGUGGCCACCAUGGCCCAGGACUUCGAGAGUGAUGAGGAUGUGUCUGACGGCGAGGGCGACAGGGUCACCCUCUUCAGCUCGGCCGGUCAGCUGCCGCCCAGUGGGCAGACCGAUGCCGACACUCUGCCUGUGAUGCCUCGGGAGCAGCUGGACACCAUCAGUGAGGAGACCCGGUGGAUCCAAGAGGAAGAGAGCACGGAGCAGCGGGCCGAGGAGACUGAGAGCAGGCCGGGCAGGGCGCGCUUAGGCAGCCUUCGGCGUUUUGAGUCCCUGAGCUCCCUCAACCUGUGUCCUGCCUCCUCACUUGCCAGCUCCUGCCCGCCCAGCAGGGCGCCCUCCCCACCCCGAAAGAGGCGGCGCAGCCUGGCGCACGAGGGAGACCGGCUGGGCAUCAUGACUGCGGUGCAGAGCCAGAGGGAGCAGGACUGGGAGUCCGCGCAGCAGACCCGCGUGGUGGCCACCAUGGCCCAGGACUUCGAGAGUGAUGAGGAUGUGUCUGACGGCGAGGGCGACAGGGUCACCCUCUUCAGCUCGGCCGGUCAGCUGCCGCCCAGUGGGCAGGCCGAUGCCGACACUCUGCCUGUGAUGCCUCGGGAGCAGCUGGACACCAUCAGUGAGGAGACCCGGUGGAUCCAAGAGGAAGAGAGCACAGAGCAGCGGGCCGAGGAGACUGAGAGCAGGGCGGGCAGGGCGCGCUUAGGCAGCCUUCGGCGUUUUGAGUCCCUGAGCUCCCUCAACCUGUGUCCUGCCUCCUCACUUGCCAGCUCCUGCCCGCCCAGCAGGGCGCCCUCCCCACCCCGAAAGACGCGGCACAGCCUGGCGCACGAGGGAGACCGGCUGGGCGUCAUGACUGCGGUGCAGAGCCAGAGGGAGCAGGACUGGGAGUCCGCGCAGCAGACCCGCGUGGUGGCCACCAUGGCCCAGGACUUCGAGAGUGAUGAGGAUGUGUCUGACGGCGAGGGCGACAGGGUCACCCUCUUCAGCUCGGCCGGUCAGCUGCCGCCCAGUGGGCAGGCCGAUGCCGACACUCUGCCUGUGAUGCCUCGGGAGCAGCUGGACACCAUCAGUGAGGAGACCCGGUGGAUCCAAGAGGAAGAGAGCACGGAGCAGCGGGCCGAGGAGACUGAGAGCAGGCCGGGCAGGGCGCGCUUAGGCAGCCUUCGGCGUUUUGAGUCCCUGAGCUCCCUCAACCUGUGUCCUGCCUCCUCACUUGCCAGCUCCUGCCCGCCCAGCAGGGCGCCCUCCCCACCCCGAAAGAGGCGGCGCAGCCUGGCGCACGAGGGAGACCGGCUGGGCAUCAUGACUGCGGUGCAGAGCCAGAGGGAGCAGGACUGGGAGUCCGCGCAGCAGACCCGCGUGGUGGCCACCAUGGCCCAGGACUUCGAGAGUGAUGAGGAUGUGUCUGACGGCGAGGGCGACAGGGUCACCCUCUUCAGCUCGGCCGGUCAGCUGCCGCCCAGUGGGCAGGCCGAUGCCGACACUCUGCCUGUGAUGCCUCGGGAGCAGCUGGACACCAUCAGUGAGGAGACCCGGUGGAUCCAAGAGGAAGAGAGCACGGAGCAGCGGGCCGAGGAGACUGAGAGCAGGCCGGGCAGGGCGCGCUUAGGCAGCCUUCGGCGUUUUGAGUCCCUGAGCUCCCUCAACCUGUGUCCUGCCUCCUCACUUGCCAGCUCCUGCCCGCCCAGCAGGGCGCCCUCCCCACCCCGAAAGAGGCGGCGCAGCCUGGCGCACGAGGGAGACCGGCUGGGCAUCAUGACUGCGGUGCAGAGCCAGAGGGAGCAGGACUGGGAGUCCGCGCAGCAGACCCGCGUGGUGGCCACCAUGGCCCAGGACUUCGAGAGUGAUGAGGAUGUGUCUGACGGCGAGGGCGACAGGGUCACCCUCUUCAGCUCGGCCGGUCAGCUGCCGCCCAGUGGGCAGGCCGAUGCCGACACUCUGCCUGUGAUGCCUCGGGAGCAGCUGGACACCAUCAGUGAGGAGACCCGGUGGAUCCAAGAGGAAGAGAGCACGGAGCAGCGGGCCGAGGAGACUGAGAGCAGGCCGGGCAGGGCGCGCUUAGGCAGCCUUCGGCGUUUUGAGUCCCUGAGCUCCCUCAACCUGUGUCCUGCCUCCUCACUUGCCAGCUCCUGCCCGCCCAGCAGGGCGCCCUCCCCACCCCGAAAGAGGCGGCGCAGCCUGGCGCACGAGGGAGACCGGCUGGGCAUCAUGACUGCGGUGCAGAGCCAGAGGGAGCAGGACUGGGAGUCCGCGCAGCAGACCCGCGUGGUGGCCACCAUGGCCCAGGACUUCGAGAGUGAUGAGGAUGUGUCUGACGGCGAGGGCGACAGGGUCACCCUCUUCAGCUCGGCCGGUCAGCUGCCGCCCAGUGGGCAGGCCGAUGCCGACACUCUGCCUGUGAUGCCUCGGGAGCAGCUGGACACCAUCAGUGAGGAGACCCGGUGGAUCCAAGAGGAAGAGAGCACGGAGCAGCGGGCCGAGGAGACUGAGAGCAGGCCGGGCAGGGCGCGCUUAGGCAGCCUUCGGCGUUUUGAGUCCCUGAGCUCCCUCAACCUGUGUCCUGCCUCCUCACUUGCCAGCUCCUGCCCGCCCAGCAGGGCGCCCUCCCCACCCCGAAAGAGGCGGCGCAGCCUGGCGCACGAGGGAGACCGGCUGGGCAUCAUGACUGCGGUGCAGAGCCAGAGGGAGCAGGACUGGGAGUCCGCGCAGCAGACCCGCGUGGUGGCCACCAUGGCCCAGGACUUCGAGAGUGACGAGGAUGUGUCUGACGGCGAGGGCGACAGGGUCACCCUCUUCAGCUCGGCCGGUCAGCUGCCGCCCAGUGGGCAGGCCGAUGCCGACACUCUGCCUGUGAUGCCUCGGGAGCAGCUGGACACCAUCAGUGAGGAGACCCGGUGGAUCCAAGAGGAAGAGAGCACGGAGCAGCGGGCCGAGGAGACUGAGAGCAGGGCGGGCAGGGCGCGCUUAGGCAGCCUUCGGCGUUUUGAGUCCCUGAGCUCCCUCAACCUGUGUCCUGCCUCCUCACUUGCCAGCUCCUGCCCGCCCAGCAGGGCGCCCUCCCCACCCCGAAAGAGGCGGCACAGCCUGGCGCACGAGGGAGACCGGCUGGGCGUCAUGACUGCGGUGCAGAGCCAGAGGGAGCAGGACUGGGAGUCCGCGCAGCAGACCCGCGUGGUGGCCACCAUGGCCCAGGAUUUCGAGAGUGACGAGGAUGUGUCUGACGGCGAGGGCGACAGGGUCACCCUCUUCAGCUCGGCCGGUCAGCUGCCGCCCAGUGGGCAGGCCGAUGCCGACACUCUGCCUGUGAUGCCUCGGGAGCAGCUGGACACCAUCAGUGAGGAGACCCGGUGGCUCCAGGAGGAAAGGGAGAGCAUGGAGCAGCGGGCCGAGGAGACUGAGAGCAGGGACGGCCCCGGGGGCAACCCCAGCAGCAGCACCAUCAGCCAGGACUCGCUGCACAAAGCCCCGAAGAAGGGCAUCAAGUCGUGCAUCGGCCGCUUGUUUGGAAAGAAGGAAAAGGGCCAGCCUGGACACCCGGCAAGGAGGCCUUAG